AAGAAAUCGAAGCAGUAGAAGGAAUGGUGGUGGUGUUGGUGUUGGCAGCCGUGAUGAGAGUAGUAGUAAAAUUGUUAGAUAGUAAAUUAUUUAUAUCGGGUAAAGGUUUUGAUGGUAAAGAAUAA